GAGUUCGAUGACGGAGACAACGGACGCAUUGCUGUCGACGACAUUCGACUCCUUCCACAGGAAUACCCGCAGAUGAAGAUCAAUGCGGAUCCGCUCAAGAACUUAGAGCGACGAAGACGUAUGAGUUCUUGUGGUAAAGAUAGUCGACAUUCAAAGGGAAGUUUUGAUAAUUUUGGUGAUGAAAAGAAGUCUUCAGCCGAAGAUAUUGUCAGCCAUACUAUACUAUCAAAGAGUAGUUCUAAUGAAGAACUCAAUAAAAAUGAUUUGAAUUCCAAGAAUAAGAUUAAUCGUAACACAUCUAUGAAUACCACUCAUGAGUCAAACGGUAAUAAUUUGUCGCAGAAAUUGGAGAUAAAGAAAAAGAAGAAAAAACAUAACAAAGAGGAUCGACACCAUAGGCACCAUCACAACCAUAAGCACCACCAUUGCCGUCAUCAUAAGAAGUGUAAAAAGCAUAAGAAAUCUCGAGAAAGCAAUAGUAUUGGCAGCAGUGGUGUACGAAGUAUUGCCAAACGGAGCACUGACAGCAAUGUUAAUGACAAUUGUGAACAAAAUGGCACUAAAAGUACAAAACUCAUGACUUGGAAGACA